UGUGAUUAAGUACAAAUUGCAGGUAGUGAUGUAGUUUUAGCCGCUGAUGCUCUGUUGUGGCACUGCAGAGCCAGCAGCAAACAUUUCCCAGGCUCUGAGCUACAAGGUCCAGCUGUGGUGGGCUCUGCGCAACAGGCUGUGCCACAGCUCCGGCUGACUUGAGCUCCCGUGUGGGAGCCAGGAGGAAGCACAGCAGCACGGGAUGCAGUGCUCUUAAACACCGUGCCCAUCUCUUCCCAUAGCCAGAAUCGGAGAUGAGCAAUUCAUCUGCUUCCUUUGUCCCUUCUCGAUGAGGUGGGAAGGUGAGGAGCAGAGAUCUGGGUGCUGCUGCACGUGGUUUCAGUGAGUAGAAGCUCUUUAGGUCAUCCUCCCUCUUCUUUUGGAGCUGGCCACCACCUGGGCCAGAAAUCCAAAGUCUCUAGAAAUCGUGCACCUCUUCCUGGAGCUGGGGAAAGGUGGUGGUCAGAAACCUUGAGGAAGUUGUGAAGUAUCCCUAUGUGCGAGCUGUGGCAGUGCCUUUCUGCCGGUAUCAGUGUCAGUGCUGGCUAAGGAUGAGCUUGGCUUGUCCGGGCUGGCUAAGGAAGGCGCCGGUUGGAGAGGAUGCUCUUCCUCUCCUGGCUGGAGCUGGCAUAGAGGGGUAUACCUAAACUGCCUGCCUUUGUCACCUCCUAAAGACCUGUGAGACCCUGCAGUCCAAACUCACCGUGUGAUCACUGAAGAUACUUCUUAGCUUUACCCUAGCAGGACCAUCUGUGGGCAUGAAGUGACCUUUCUUCAUCACCCGGUCAUCCCUCAACAUUUCUGAUUAAUUUAGAUUACUGGCCCCAGUUUCUGCUGUAGAUUUACUCAGCUGCACAACAAAAUUUCCUGUAUCUUGCCAAACCAACCCUCCUUAAAGACUUGGAUGCUGUAGGGCGAUGAGGGGGUGGGUGCUGGCAGAGUUCAGUGCCAAAGUGCUUUUUCCUGACGGGAAUUUUUGGGAAGCUGUUCAGUUUUACCUCUAUAUGGUGAGUUGUGGACUACAAGGUUGCUGUCUUCUCCUUGUCCCAUAAUAUCCUUGGUCUAGACAACCAUGUUUGUGUUGCCAUAAAGCUUAAACUGCCUCAGUAACCUUGGUCUCUGGAGGAGAGAUUGCUGAUUAAUCUUCAUCCCAGAUAUGACAACGGCAGUGCUUGCACAUCAGAGGUGAUAUGUGGAGCUCCUUACUUGCUGCUUUCUAGUCUGUGCUCCUAACUGGGGAAAUCUGGUGGCCACCCUUAGCCACACGAAGCCCCAUUCUGCAACACCGAUGAUGAGACAAGGAUGGUUCUCACUAGCUUUUCCAUACCAGACAGCAUCACUUGCUGUUCCUUUCUCCUGUCUCUUCGUGACCACUUGCAAGCAGCAAUAAACCUUGGAUUUGACCCCAAAAUCCUUGGAUUUGUCCCAGAUAUGGUGACCACUGGUUGCUCAUCGGUGAGGCUGGGGGGAAGCGAGCUGGCUGGCUCUGUCUGCGUCCUGCGCUCCGCACUGGCUGCUGUAAUCCAAAGGUUACAGUGCAGGAUUAGCAUGGGUGUACAAAGCCCCUCCUAAUCUGUGAGUCAUUACCCCCUUCACUGCAUUUCAUUUCCCAGCAGCUCUGGGCAGGCGGGAUAGGUCGGCUUUUAAGUCUUUACUUUCCCCCUUCUUCAGUUCGGGGAGGACCGGGUCAGGACGUAACGUCUGCUGGACAUCCUCCCCGGGGCUCUGCUGCUGAGCCGCUCCUUGGAUGCUGUACACAGGGCACGUCGCAAGGUGCGUGCCCAGGAGCAAUCGCCAUGGGAGCGCGAGUCCCAGCUCGCCAGAGGUGAAGCCCGGAGGCUCCCGGUCCCAUGUGAGUGCCGCUGCAUGAGAUCCUGUGUCCUCCCAGCUCCCGCGGCCCCCUGACACCUGAUGAUACAGCGAGCCAUGGGCAGCGUCCGAGUCAACCGGUACAGCAUCGUCUCGACCGAAGAGGAUGGACACAAGGUCUCUGCGCUGGGCAGCAUGAAUGGGCACAGCCGGAAUGGGAAGGGCCAUGCCCCCCGGCGGAAGCACCGCAACCGUUUUGUGAAGAAGAACGGCCAGUGCAAUGUCUACUUUGCUAACCUGAGCAACAAGUCUCAGCGCUACAUGGCCGACAUCUUCACCACCUGUGUGGACACGCGCUGGCGGUACAUGCUUAUGAUCUUCUCCGCCGCCUUCCUAGUCUCCUGGCUCUUUUUUGGCUUCCUCUUCUGGUGCAUCGCCUUCUUCCACGGUGACCUCAAUGCACCAGUGGUGGGAGGUGGUCCCUCUCUCCUCAAGCCCUGCAUCAUGCACGUGAACAGCUUCCUCGGGGCUUUUCUUUUCUCGGUGGAGACACAGACAACCAUUGGGUACGGCUUCCGCUGUGUGACUGAGGAGUGCCCGCUGGCUAUCAUGGCAGUUGUGGUCCAGUCCAUCGUGGGCUGCGUUAUUGACUCCUUCAUGAUUGGCACUAUCAUGGCCAAGAUGGCAAGGCCCAAGAAGCGGGCCCAGACCCUCCUCUUCAGUCACCAUGCGGUCAUCUCCGUGCGGGAUGGCAAACUGUGCCUCAUGUGGCGGGUGGGCAACCUGAGGAGGAGCCACAUCGUGGAGGCCCAUGUCCGAGCCCAGCUCAUCAAGCCCUACAUGACAGAGGAAGGGGAAUACCUCCCCCUGGACCAGCGGGACCUAAAUGUGGGCUACGACGUGGGCCUCGAUCGUAUAUUUUUGGUCUCACCCAUUAUUAUCGUUCAUGAGAUUGAUGAGGAGAGCCCACUCUAUGGGAUUGGCAAGGAGGAGCUGGAGACAGAGAACUUUGAGAUUGUUGUUAUCCUGGAGGGGAUGGUGGAAGCCACAGCCAUGACCACACAGGCACGAAGCUCUUACCUCGCUAGUGAAAUCCUUUGGGGUCAUCGUUUUGAACCAGUUGUGUUUGAGGAGAAGAACCACUACAAAGUGGAUUAUUCGCGUUUUCACAAGACCUACGAGGUAGCCGGCACGCCUUGCUGCUCAGCCCGGGAGCUGCAAGAAAGCAAGAUGACUAUCCUACCUUCUCCCCCACCUCCCAGUGCCUUCUGCUACGAGAAUGAGCUGGCCCUUGUCAGUCAAGAUGAAGAUGAAGAUGAUGAUGAAGUGGGUGUGGUGUUAGGGGGCAGCACCAAGGAGGAGGGAGGCGUCAUCCAGAUGAUGGAUUUUGGAAGCCACCUGGACCUGGAGCGGCUCCAGGCGACUCUGCCCUUAGAUACAAUCUCAUACCGCAGGGAGUCGGCCAUCUAACUCCUCCAGCCUCCCCGUUCCACACCCGUCGCCCACCGUCUGCUCCUCUAUUCUGCACCCGUACGUAGCUGGAUAAGUCCCUUGCCCACCAAAAAAUGCCUCCCGUGACUGCCUCAGCCCCUGAGUACAUCAAGGCCUGGAGCUGCUCUCAUAUACUCCCUUUCCCGUCGAGUCAUACUGCCUGGAAGAGGAGUGAGGAUACACUACUCUUCCCGUGCGUGCAGCUUGUGCUAGGACCGCUUUCCUGCCCAGAGGCAGGAGAGCAGCACGCCUGGUUUCUCAUCUCUGGAGAGGCGACAGGAGUCCCUGUCCUCAACGGACAGACCGGGACCCACAGCAGGUAUUUCUGCUGCUGAGGCAACAGCAGACUCUGUCCCCUCUCGACGUGCGUGGGCCCCAUGGCUGUCAAGAGUCACGACUAGGAGAGGAGCGAUACCUAAGCACUGACCAGAUGAGGAUGGAUGGUAGAGUUUAGGACUCCUGGAGGGAGUGGGGAAGGAUCUCAAGGGAGGGGUUUACUUGCAUGUUUAUUGCUUGUUGCACAUGACUCUUUCUUUGUACAUAAAACAGAAAGAGAACUGAAAUCCAUAUUCUUCCACUGCAAAUGCCAAGCUAGGAGACAAGGACGCUCUACGUAGCCUACUCUGCACUCUCCUUGGCUUUUGGCAUCUGUCACCUCCAGAAGCAGCUCGGCUCCACGGACUCAGACCCAGUUCUCCCAGUCCUGUUGAAAAACACGUUCUGCUCCUCUCCUGAGAUGCCUGGCAGAGGAGGCAGGGCCCUGUGCUUGCACACUCAGACUGCUCCCUGGUACAGCGCGGCCAGGAUGACAGACAAGUGACCUGACUGGACAGCAGACCCUCGACUUGCUCCUCUCACCUCCUCCGUUCUUCUCCCUGCUGCCAUCAGCUGUAAAACUGAAUUUGUAACUAUUUAUUUUUAAUAAAGUCUAAUAUCCCAGGGGGAGGUUUGGAAGCAAAGGAGAGACCCCAAGGCUGCAGCCUGGUA